ACAGAAAUGGAGAGCAAAAUUCUAAUUUUUGGAGGGACAGGUUACAUUGGGAACCAUAUUGUGAGGGCAAGCAUCAAAUUAGGGCAUCCAACUUAUGUCUUCACAAGACCUAAUUCCAGCAAGAUUGAUACUAUUGAUGAGCUUCACUCCAUAGGAGCUAUUAUUGUCAAAGGAGAAAUGGAGGAUCAUGACAAGCUUGUCUCAAUCCUUAAGGAAGUUGAUAUUGUGAUAUCUGUUUUGGCAAUUCCUCAAAUUCUGGAGCAGCUCAAAAUCAUAGAGGCCAUCAAAGUUGCUGGUAAUAUUAAGAGGUUUUUGCCUUCGGAUUUCGGUGUGGAAGAAGAUCGAGUGGCUGCAUUGCCGCCAUUCCAAGCCGUGCUCGAGAAGAAGAAGAAAAUCCGACGAGCCAUUGAAGACGCUAAAAUCCCUUACACUUUCGUCUCGGCAAAUUGCUUCGGUUCUUACUUUGUCAACUAUUUGCUUCACCCUACCGAGCAAAAACAAGAAAUCACCGUUUAUGGCACCGGUGAAGCUAAGGUCGUGAUGAACUAUGAAGAGGAUAUCGGCAUUUUAACGAUUAAAGUGGCAACCGAUCCAAGAAUGUGCAAUCGAGUCGUUAUUUACCGGCCGGCGUGCAAUAUUAUUACACAGCUCGAGCUGAUUGCUUUGUGGGAGAAGAAAACAAAACGAGUUUUUAACAGAGUUCAUGUGCCAGAGGAAGAAUUGGUGUCCUUGUCUGAAACUCUGCCGAGCCCUCACAACAUACCAAUCUCGAUUCUUCACGCCGUUUUUGUAAAAGGCGUGACGAUAAACUUUGAUCUUGAGGAGAAUGAAGUCGAGGCUUCGGCAUUUUAUCCCGAGUUGAAAUUGACUACUGUUGACGAGCUUCUCGACAUUUUCAUCUCCAAUCCACCAAAGCCUGCUUCUGCAGCAUUCUAAUAACGAAUUCUCGGGAUGACUAACGAGAAGUGCACUCUGAGGUUUUACCUAUUCACGAAAAAAUCACGGCACAGUCAAAUAAUAAAUGUAUCUAAAUGUUUCGACUUGUUGUGACUCGUAUCGAAUAUAUUCACAACUUUUCAUGACAUUAGUCGAGCAUAUCGUUGCAUACGAACCAUUUUAUUACAUGUAUAUUGUGAUUGAAUCUUUGAUCUGAUGAAGUCCUUACUGAACUGAGUGAAAAGAUUGAAUCUUUGAUUGAAAAAAAGGUUUUAAGACACAUAAUUCAUGUGCAUUCAUGCUAGCUAAUUAAAUGGCUUAUUUUGGUUCUUACAUACAAUUUUAUAUCAAAGGAGGGCCUGCCCGGAAAAUCGGGCCACCAAGAUUUUCG